CAUGUGAUCACCAAUCUUGUGAACACCAUGGCCGUGAAGAAGCGCCAGAAAGCGCUGGCGAGCGGCAGGCCACCCGUCAGCAGACCCAAGGAGCGCAUGAGUGCGCAGCAAUCCCGGACCAUCAUUCGCACGCAUCACCGAUUACACAAACAGCUUGCUGCAGCGCAGAAGACCGGGGAUGAGAUGAAAGCUAAAGAGCUAGAAGCUGCAAUCGAGAACAAUGGUGGCAUUGCCGCAUACCAAGCAGCAAGCAAGCAAGGGCAGGCCAACGACCGCGGCGGCGAUUCCAGCAAAGUACUCGUAGACUGGUUGGUCGAACUUGGUGUCAUCGAUCGCAAAGCUCGAGGACAGAAUUCGACAAAGCAGGUGCCCCUGAGGUGUCUCGAAGUAGGCGCUCUAUCAACAACAAAUGCAAUCUCGAAAUUUCCCACCCUCAUCGAAAUGACAAGAAUCGAUCUGAACAGCCAAGGUCCUGGUAUCGAGAAACAGGAUUUCAUGAAACGCCCACUACCCAAGUCUGAUCAAGAGCGGUUCGACAUUCUUUCCUUAUCGCUGGUUCUCAACUAUGUUCCAGACGCAAUUGGCCGUGGAGCGAUGCUUCACCAGAUCAUCCAAUUCUUAAAAUCAAAGAAAGGUUAUGCCGCAGACAACGAGAGCCUGCCAUUGUUGUUCUUUGUCUUGCCUCUUCCGUGCAUUGAUAACUCCAGAUACAUCGAUGAGCCGCGGUUACUGGGGAUCAUGGACAGCCUUGGUCUCGUCCUUGCGAAGAAGAGAAUGACAGCGAAGCUAUGCUACUACCUGCUUCGAUGGACAGGAACUGUACGGCGGACUCGGUUCGAGAAGAAACAGAUAAGAGACAAGGCAGGGAUGAAUAACUUCUCGAUCGAAGUAUAACUAUAUCCACUCGCGUAAUCCCCUGCUCAAUGGAAGGAGCGAAUGCGAGCGAAAGUAGAGGAGCCUAAUCUCGCUCGUCUUUGAAGAGCCAGUCAAUGAUUACGAAGUUAAGAAGAAGGGCUGUUUGUGAUUGUCAGAGGAGCUAUGGUGCCCAG